UAAACCUAUUCUGCAUGGUAUUUAAAAAUUUUAGCAGCUGCUUUUUUGGUAUGUGGUAGGAGAGGUGCAAGGUCUGUUCAGCCGUGCAAGGAGCGGUGCAAGUGGUUCAAUCCAUAACAUAUUAUCCCCACAAAUUCUCUGUUCUACUGCUCGAUUGAAGUCAAAAGGCACCGACACAGCUUGAUGCAGAGUAUUCACGCCCGCUCGCGGGCGGCGUCCCAGCCCGUCAUGAACAGCACGACAGGCUAUAUAGGCGUCAAGCCGGCUGGCAAGGUCGCUGGCCUCGGCCGGAGCAAGCCACAGGGCUUCUGGCAAGUGACGCAUCAACAGAUAAGCUCCGCAAAGCGCUCGGGCGCACCCAAGCGUAAGGUCACCACGAUGAUGCCGGUGUCGGUACCGAAAGUGCUGGUGCGACCACCUGGCCAGAAGCAGAUGGAGUGGGUGGAUCUAUGGGAGGCCUACACGUACCAGAAGGUGGUCUUCAUCAAAGAAGCCAUCACGGAGGAGGUGGCGAACAACAUGAUUGCCCUGACUCUGUAUCUGGAUUCCUUAGAUAACAAGCGCAUCUACUACUGGCUCAAUUGCCCGGGAGGCGAGGUUGUUCCAACCCUCGCGCUGUACGACACGAUGCAAUACGUGCGCAGCAAGACGGCCACCGUAUGUUACGGGCUGUGCCUGGGUAUGGGGGGCUUUCUGCUGACCACGGGUGGCGAGAAGGGCUACCGGUUUGCCAUGCCGCACAGCAUACUCAUGAUGCACCACCCGUCAGGCGCCUCGCGAGGUCAAGCCUCGGAAAUGCAUAUCGAGUCUCGGGAGCUGGUCCGCAUGCGCGACUACCUGUCCUUGCUUGUAUCGAACUCCACGGGGCAACCCUACGACCGGGUUAUUCGAGAGCUGUCUCGCAACAAGUGGAUGGACCCGAAGCAGGCGAUCGAGUACGGCAUGAUCGACAAGGUCCUCACGACGCCCAUGCCGAAGCUGCCGUCGGGGCCAUCCUUUAAGUUUGAGCGGAAAAAUGAUGAGCUAAUUGGCUUGUAACCGACAGGAUGGGGAGCAGGGACAUUCCGUUUAAGUGCGCCUAGGGAGUGAGCGUGGCAGAGUAGCGGAGUGGCACACUGUAGACGUGUGUAAAUCGGCCAGGAGCGUGCCGGGAUUCCAAGGCCAGGGUUCAUGCAGGGUGACGGUGUUUAUGUAUUAAGCCUCCUGGCUGAUUACUGAACCGAAUGGUGGCAUAGCACUUUCUGCGCCGGAAUGGCCGCAUGUACGGCAAGGCGGAAGUGCGGCAGACGGCCGUUUUGUUUGUGUUGCAAUUGUACAUGUCCACGGCGGAUGAUCUUCACCAGAGUCUAAGAUGAGCUUUCGCUUUUGCCUGGGCCGCGCCCAGGUGAAGCAUUUUAAGACCGCGCUUCAGACUCUGAACAGAAUCGGUGGAGAGCUUUUAGUCGAAGCCGUACCUGAACAGGUGUGGUGAAAGCCAGGAAGUAU